UCCCUCCUCUUUCUGAGCCUGUGGUACAUUCCAGUGAAAAACAGCAAGCUUCAAGCUGCAGUUCAUUGUAUACUAAAACUUCUAUUGGAGCUGCUAAUGUCUGGGGCAGAUACUGACUCACCACUGAAAAGAAUCAAAAGGUUGUCACGGGAAGUCAUUUGGUGACCUCUAUGUCUUGAGAAAGACAAAAAGAUGUCAGCACCCCAAGCCUCCGCCCCCAGUCUAGAUCGCACCGAUUCUCAUCUGGAUGCCGAAGCACUUCAAGUGGAUGAUGACGAUGAAGAGGAUUGUGAAGAUGAAGUGGACGCACUGAGAGGCGAUGGGACAGUGAGUAGAAUAAAGCCAUUCACACAGGUAUAUAAUGAAAAAUGUUUCAAGGACCAGAGUGGUAAGCUGUUUAUUAGAGGGCUUCCCAUUAUCGCCAGAGUUGAGGCCACAGAACGCUACACAUCGGGUUCAAAGGUUCGGACCAGCACAUUGUAUGCUGUGCGCCUGACACAUGGAGAAUUUACAUGGACAGUGAAGAAGAAGUACAAGCAGUUCCAAGAGCUGAACCGAGAUCUUGUCCGCCAUAAACUAAUAGCAACCUACCUCCCACUUUCUAGGUUAAAGUUGAGAAGAACAGAGGCACCAGAAACAGCAGCCGAGAUGCCAUCACUAAACAGCAGUAAUGAAGAUACUCCGAGCAGACGAGCCUCCAGUAAGCAGAAACAUCUGGAACAAUAUUUGAACAAGAUUCUCAAACUUUCAUUUUACCGAAACUACCACGUGAUGGAGGAAUUUCUAGAUGUCAGCCCUUUAUCUUUCAUACAUGACCUGGGACCAAAAGGAGUGGAGGGGAUGAUUCUGAAGCGUUCUGGUGGACACAGAAUCCAUGGACUGAACUGCAUAGGGCGACAUCAGGUCUGCUACAGAUGGUCAAAAAGGUGGCUGGUCGUGAAGGAUUCCUUUCUUCUCUACAUGAAGCCAGAAGAUGGGUUCAUUUCCUUUGUCUUGCUGUUUGAUUCAGGAUUUAAACUUGAAGUGGGGAAAAAGGCCACAGAUAAAAAGUACGGUGUUAAAAUUGAAAACUUCAGCAGAUCUCUUAUCAUUAAAUGCAGCAGCUACCGCCAGGCCCUUUGGUGGAGUCAGGAGAUCACAGAUAUGACAGAGAAAUGGGGCAAGGACUUCUUGAUUCAUCAACGCUUUGAAUCCUUUGCUCCUAUCCGUCACAACACGCUAGCCAAAUGGUUUGUCAAUGGCAAAGAUUAUUUUUCUGCUGUAGCUGAUGCUUUGGAGCAGGCCAAUGAAGAAAUAUUUAUCACUGACUGGUGGCUCAGCCCAGAAGUGUUUUUGAAAAGACCAGCUAAGGACACAGAGUGGCAGUUGGACCUAGUUCUGAAAAGGAAAGCUAUGCAGGGUGUGAAAGUGUAUGUGCUGCUGUAUAAGGAGGUUGAGUUGGCAUUGAAUAUCAACAGCGAUUACAGCAAGAGGAUGCUAAUGCUGCACCAUCCUAAUAUCAAGGUCAUGCGUCACCCAGAUCAUGUUUCUUCCAUUGUCCUCCUGUGGGCUCAUCAUGAGAAGAUGGUGGCCAUUGACCAAACUGUGGCAUUCCUAGGUGGCAUUGACCUCGCCUAUGGGAGAUGGGAUGACCACCACUACCGCUUGACUGAUCUGGGAGAAUUGAGUGAAACAAAGGCUCCAUUGGAAAGUGAAUACAAUGGACAGCUCGGUGAGGAUAUUUGUGCUGUGAGGGCAACUGAGUUAGAGGCCAGAAUAAGAGAGAGGGCUGAGCCUGGAGAUCUGAAGAGUAAUUACCUGUACUGGAUUGGAAAGGACUACUGCAACUUUAUAAAGAAGGACUGGAUUCAGGUGGACAAACCUUAUGAAGAUUUUGUUGAUAGAGCAACUUCUCCCAGGAUGCCGUGGAGGGAUAUUGGUGUAGCUGUCCAUGGUAAAGCUGCCAGAGAUGUGUCACGACACUUCAUUCAGCGGUGGAACUAUAUCAAGACCAUUAAGAACAAGUACAAAAGCACUUUUUACCCGUAUCUGCUGCCAAAGUCUCACAGCACUGCUGAUGAACUGCCAUUUGUAGUGCCCAGGUCACAAGCUGCAAAUGUCCAGAUCCUGAGGUCUGUUGAUCGCUGGUCAUCUGGAUCGUGCGAAUGUUCAAUACACUCUGCUUACAUUGAAACAAUAAAAUCAAGUCAACACUACAUUUACAUUGAGAAUCAGUUCUUUAUCAGCUGUGCAGAUGACCGAAGCAUCCUCAACAAAAUUGGAGAUGCAAUUGUGUACAGAAUACUUCAAGCUCACAGAGCGAACAAGAAAUUCCGUGUUUAUAUCAUCAUACCACUACUGCCAGGAUUCGAAGGUGAUAUUACCACUGGAGGAGGAAAUUCAAUACAGGCCAUACUGCAUUUCACUUUCAGGACCAUGUGUAGGGGGGAUCAUUCCAUCCUGAAUCGACUGCAUUCAGAGAUGGGGGAUGACUGGAGGAACUACAUUUCCUUUUGCAGUGUGCGUACCCAUGGAGAACUCCAAAGCAAGCUCAUGACGGAACUCAUUUAUGUUCAUAGCAAAAUGAUGAUCGUUGACGACAGGAAGGUCAUCAUUGGUUCUGCUAACAUCAACGAUCGGAGCAUGCUGGGUAAGAGGGACAGUGAACUUGCUGUGAUUGUGGAAGAUACAGAAAUGGUUCCAUCUGUAAUGGAUGGAGAAGAGUAUCAGGCUGGAAAAUUUGCUCUCAGCUUACGGCUUGAAUGUUUUAAAGUUAUACUGGGGGCCAUAUCUGACCCCACUAUUAACAUUCAAGACCCAAUCAGUGACCACUUUUUCUUGGAGGUCUGGAACACAAUUGGUUCAUCCAACACUGACAUUUAUGAGAAGGUUUUCAGGUGUCUUCCUUCCAACACCGUGCGCAGUCGCAAAGAUUUGUUGGAGUUCACUGGACAGGAAUCGUUGGCUACUACUAGUCCAGAAGAAGCACGAGAGGAACUUAAGGGCAUCAGGGGCCACCUUGUUUUUUAUCCAUUAAUGUUCCUGUCUGAUGAGCAUCUACUACCCCCUCUUAACAGCAAAGAAGGAAUGGUCCCUGUGGAAGUGUGGGUGUAGAACAAGUAUGCUGCAAGGGCUAAGCCCCAGCAGCCUAAAUGGACCAAAUACAAGCAGAGCCAGAACGUGAUGUACCCAUUAAACAUUCAAACACUACUGUCUGUUCUUUACCCAAGUGCCUUUAGGGGGAAAUUAUGCAGUCGCUUCUCUCCCACUAGAGACCUGGAACAAAAAAAAAAUAGCAAUACGUUAUUAUUCAUUCCAUUCUUGGAUUUUAAGAAAACAAAGCUAGUAAAAUGAGACUGGAAGUCAAGGCAUGGGGUCUGAACAAAAAUAUUACUUUAACUGAUUCAUGCCUUUCACCCUGUAUGAAGCUAUUACAGGAGGGGGAGGUGUAUUGGUGAAAAUUAUAAACUGGAACAAAGGAUUCUGGUCAUGCUGAGCUUGACACUGCAUUUCAUAACUGUAUUUUUAAGUCCUGUUUUCCUGCGUCACAUUUUAUAACUAAUCUGGAACUGAAACAUAACUGCCUUAUGUUACAGGACUCCUAGUGCUGCAUUGGUUUCACUGUUACAGAGUACCGAUUUUCAAUAAAAAGCACUUUAUUUACAUUA